AAAACACGCACAACUGAUAAGAAAAACUCAGAAAUUCAAAUUUUCAAAAACCUCAAAAUCUGCUUAAAAUGAUGAAAAUUUGACCUUUUUUUCAAAAAUAUCUCUUUAAUUCCGACGAAAUAAUGUGAAAAAUUGAGUAAUUGAUCAAUAACUUGACAAUUGAAAACCACCCAAUGAGUUCCUUCAGGCAUUUGGUUACGAGACGUUUCUCAUUUUGUAUUCAUAAAUCGAAUUCGGCUUACUCGAGAGCGAACAAAUUCUGCACGAUUUCCAAUGAAACAGCAGCCGGCGACUCGAAACCUCAACCACCUUCGGCAGCAGAGAAACCAUCCUUCAUUACGUUCGACGAUGUUUUGAAACGCAGACGCACCGAAGCUAGUAAAAGUGUAGUAAUCCAAGUGAAAGACGAUAAAUCAUACGGCGGAUUAUACAAUUACAUGAAGAAAUACGGAUCGAUAAAGAAUUGCUUUUUUUAUUCGCUUAAUCCGCAAUGCAACUAUAUUUUGAUCGAGUUCGAAAACCAGGAAUGUUUGGAAGCAGCGUUGGCUGACGGACAGUACUCGAACUCGAGCGAGACAUUUCCUACGAGAUCUCCUUUUCUGUGGUUUACGCUGCAGUCCCGAUCAAAGUCGGAGACUUGGUCGGCGCCUGAAUUACAGCAUGCGCGUGUUAGCGAUUUAUCAUCUACCGAGGUGCAAACUCUGUUGGCCGGAUCGAAAUCAUUUACCGAAGAUAUGAUCACGUUGCACGAAAACGUCAAGCUCAACGAAUUGGGAAGCAGAUUGCGAUUCUUGACUGCGCACCAGGUAGAAACAGCUUUCAAAGGCAUGUUUCCUUUCUGUACGGUGCUGCCAUUUGGAUCUUCGAUCAACGGUUUCGGUAAAAUAAACUGCGAUUUGGACUUGGUGCUUACGUACGACGGUCGUUUACAACAAGAAAUCGUUCCUAGUAGACUGAUGUAUCAUUCGAAAUCUUGCGUCAGUACGUCUCGUAUGCAUUCUCAACGACAUUUAGAAAUCGUCGCUGAUAUUUUGCAAUAUUUUCUACCCGGAUGUACUCACGUCAGAAGAAUUUUACGAGCCAGAGUGCCCAUUUUGAGAUACAUGCACGAUAUUACUGGUAUAGACUGUGAUCUUUCCGCUACCAACAUGAGUGGCGUCUAUAUGUCCGAGCUGUUGUACAUUCUUGGCUCGUACGACCGACGUGUUUGCCCUCUAGUCUACACUGUACGUUACUGGGCUAAAGAAAUCGGUCUCACGAAUCCUGCGCCGGGACGAUGGAUUACCAAUUUUUCGUUAACGUUGCUCGUUCUGUUCUAUCUACAGCACGAAAAAAUCAUACCAACUUUGAAAAUGCUCAUGACUCAUAAAAGACCGGUAGAUAAGAGAUCUUUCGACGACAUCGAUUGUAGUUUCCUGCGAGAUAUCAAUCUUCUACCAAAAGACUGCACUAUCGAGAACGAAAGUUCGCUGGUUGUAUUAUUAUACGAAUUUUUCCAGUUUUAUUCUUCGUUCGAUUUCGGCUCUUACGCUAUAUCGUUGAAUACCGGAGGUAUGAUACCGAAACCGGAAUAUUCCGCGUUGUACAUCGUGAAUCCAUUGGAAAAGCACCUGAAUGUGAGCAAAAAUGUCAGUCCGGACGAAUGCGAAAGAAUUAAAAUGCAGUUUAGAGCAGCUGCGUGGAGUAUGGAAUGUGCCUCGAAUGACGAAACGACGAAUAACCGAGAAUGGGGACUGUUAAAUCUCGUAAGUAGUCACGUUUUGCGAAAAAGUGGUUCGAUUCGUAAACAAGGGUCGAUGAAAGCACCCGCUAGAAAGAAAGUCACCGUUCAAGAGCUUUUCGACGAAGGUAAUGAAACAAUGGACUGGAAAAUGCCGCAUUCGAAAUCCAAGAAACAACCAGUUUAAAGAUGUAAAUUUUUGUAAAAUAAAACGUUAAUUGAAUCAUU